UCUCUCUCUCUCUCUUUCGCUCUCUCUCUUUCUGGGACCCGGACUUACUUGAGGAAAAGCGCCUGAACGUGAUAUUUUCUCUCUGAGGCUGACACAGACACACACACACAGACAGGACAGAGGCAGAGGCAGAACAGGCGUAUACGUGCCAAGGAGAAGGCGUAGACUUCCUCCGAACGUUUCCUCCGCCACCUCCGCUUUCAACACUCGAAAAGUUUUGUGGGAUCUGUUGUUGUUGUUAUUGUUGUUUGCUGUUGUUUUUGAGGUGAGGACUGCGUUUUACUUUUCCCCUCCACCACCUGGGCGCUCCGUGGAUCCGGCUCCACUGUCGGGAGAGGAUUCGUGGGCUUUUCCUCCGCGGACAUGGACUGGGGAACAGAUCUGUGGGACCAGUAUGAUGUCAUUGAUAAGCAUACGCAGUCAGGCCUGGACCUGGUGGAGCGUUACAUUAAGUUUGUGAAGGAACGGACGGAGAUAGAACAGAGCUACGCCAAGCAACUCAGGAGUCUGUCAAAGAAAUAUGCCAAACGAGGGAGCAAAGACGAACAAGACUGCAAAUUCAGCAAUUACGCGUCAUUCCAGGAGAUCCUGAACGAGCUGAACGAUUUCGCCGGCCAACGGGAGCUCAUCGCUGAAAACAUGAUGACCGGCAUCUGUGUCGAACUCACCAAGUAUCUGCAGGAGCUCAAACAAGAACGGAAAACACACCUGUCGGAUGCAAAAAAGGCCCAGCAGACUUUAGGGGACAGCUUUAAACAACUAGAAAGCACUAAGAAGCGCUUUGCCAAAGAAUGGGCAGAAGCAGAUAAGGCCACGCAACAAGCAGAUAAAACAGAAAGCGACCUCAAUGCCACAAAGCUGGAUGUGGAGAAAGCCAGGCAGCAUGCCCAUGCCCGCGUGCACACGGCGGAGGAGUGUAGGAACGACUACGCGUCGCAGCUGCAGAAAUUCAACAAGGAACAAAACUACUUCUACUACACAGAGACACCGCAGAUCUUCAAUAAACUGCAGGACAUGGAUGAGCGGAGGAUCCGGCGACUGGCGGAGGGCUACUGUCAGUUUUCAGACAUUGAAAAGAACGUGCUGCCCAUCAUCUCCAAGUGUUUGGAGGGAAUCUCUGCGGCGGGCACGAAAAUCAAUGAGAAACAGGACUCAAUCCUGUUCAUAGAGCAGCAUAAGUCCGGUUUUGAGCGACCUGGAGAUGUGGAUUUUGAAGAUUAUACCCAGGGAAUCAAACCAGCGACCUCUGACUCCAGCCUCCACCCGCCCAAAGUGCGCACCAAGCUCUGGCCUUUCAGCAAGAAGCACAAGAUAUCUCAUGCUGAAAAGCACAUGCCGCCGGCUGCAGAAGAUUUCUCUCACCUUCCUCCAGAGCAGAGGAAGAAGAGGCUGCAAGCGAAGAUUGAUGAAAUCACCAAGGAGCUGCAGAAGUUGCAGGAUCAAAGUGAUGCACUGGAGAAGAUGAAGGGUGUGUAUGAGCAGAAUCCACCGAUGGGAGACCCAUCCAGUCUGGAGCCUCAGAUCACAGAGACUGCCCAGAACAUAGGGCGCCUGAGGGGGGAGCUAGCCAAAUAUGAGUCAUGGCUGUCAGAAGCAGUGGGAGGAGAGGAAUCUUCCAACACCAUCAACAAUAAUACUCAACAUGGUGUCGUAGCAGCCAACCAGGGCCAUAACAUCUACACAGAGUUUGACGAUGAGUUUGACGACAUAGAGAAUCCUAUUGGCCAGUGCACGGCUCUAUACACCUUUGAUGGCAACAGCGAGGGCACCAUCUCUGUCACAGAAGGAGAGAUGCUGAGUGUAAUGGAGGAGGAUAAAGGAGACGGCUGGAUGAGAGUCCUUAGAGCGAGUGGAGAGGAGGGAUAUAUACCUUCAUCUUAUGUCAAAGUCAAUCUGUAAUACACACACACACACACACACACAUACACUUAAAGCUUGUGAUGGCAAAAGGUGAAUACAAAGUCCAUAGUAUAAUUGGAGCCCUGCUCCACCUCUUUAUUCUCAGCCUGUGACAUGCAUAGCUCGAUUGAAAUGCUUGUUAUCGAGGCAUAAAUGGCAGAUCACACACUCCCCGACUCUGUUGUGCUGUGGCAGGAGAGGCCGUCUCUGAACACAGACUCUCACACCUGUCAUGUCUCGAUGGAUUUCAGCUUCUUUGAAACCAAACUUUUGAAUGUAUACCUGAACCUUUAGUCAUAGGGACUCGUGUAACAUGCUCUGCAUCUCAGUAGCCUUGCACUACACUUUUCUUUCAUCAAUGUAUCCACCCACUUCACUUUCCCGCUGCCGUUUCUAAUAACCUGCUGAUCUUUCCCUUUUUGCAACUCCAGUUUUCUGCUAAAACCUCUCUCCUGACACGAUAAUGUGAUUUUUUUUUUUUUAUCAGUAUGAUGUGAUGUUUAAUGAGUUAUAACUGGAUGAAAACCACUACUCUAUAGAGAGUGCACUAAAUACAUAUAUCUCUCAGUGGACUGUCACAGUAAUGGAUAGGUUUACAUUUUUUGUAUGUGUUAAAACAAUAGCAAGGUGCCUAUAUGAAUAAUAAAGGGAUAGUUUGAGUGCGUGAGGUACUUAUGCAUAGUCAGUGUGUUACGUAGAGUAGACAGAGGGAGACGGGAGAAUUACAUGAAAAUGUGUUGUAGGUCUGUAAAAGUGUGCUCAACUGGGAAAAAAACCCCAAUAUAAAUAAUAUAUAUAGUAAUAUUUUUUAAAUGUGAUCUAUAUUUUGAAUAUCUUCACCUGUUUGCCAUUUCUCUGUCAUACGUAUUACCUGGACAGCUGAUGUGCUGUAAUACAGCCUCAGCAAAAAUGUAGUGACAGGAAGGAAAGGAACAGCUGUCAUGGUAAACUGCUGCAAAUACACAAAAUGUUGUGCAGUUAGAAUGUCAUUUAUUUCUUUUUAACAAGGUAACAGCACAUUUUCUCUCCUGUCCCUGUUCACAUUAAAUCAAUGCAUAAUCCUGGUGCUCCUGUCUCCGAGCGUGCUAAACGCUGUUUACCGUAUGUAACUCAUUGACUGUGCAUAAGUACCUCACACUUCCCUUAAAAACAGUACAUGUUUGCUGUUUACACUGAGUCUGGAGAGAUCCUUUACUAAUGCGCUCCCUUAUUAAUCUCACAAUAAUCCUUCCUCAGUGCAAAAGCUGAAGCUAAUAUGAUGCGUCAGCUGUCCGAGUCACAUUUAUCAGAAUGUGUUCUUUCUUAAUAUCACUCCACUGUGACUCAGCACCUGAAACCCGAUGGUAACUUCAAAUAUUCUUUGGACGUUAUUUUGACAAUGUGAAUUUUAAGUGGUUUCCCAUAUUAUCUCUAACUUAUAAAGUAUGUUAGGAAGGAAUCUCUCAGCAGCCAGUAUGAACACAGCAGAUUUUGACAUACAGUACAUGUGGGCAUGCAAUGUUUUUGGGUUUUCUUUGUUUUUUUUUUAAGGGGGGCAAAUUUUACUUAAGUUUCACCACUACAGCAAAAAUAUUUGCACGUUUGCAAAUCUUUUUUUCCCUUAAAUUUAAAAGCACAGUGGUUGAAAUGGUCCAAAUUCAAAUGCAGAAUUUUAGAAUUCCUGUGAUUGCUUCAUUGCUUCAUCAUAAAGCACUGACAUUGUGUAACUCAGAGGUAGACAGUAGGCAGAAGUUGUCGCACUCUUGUGUCAGAGCAGUCUCUAGUGGUGCAUUGACUAUUUUUACUUUGCCAUGAUUUGGUUUUAUUAAGCUCAACUACCUGUUUUUACAUUUUUAUCCUGCCGAUCUUACUCUGCCACUUUAUAAAUCCUCUGCAAUGACGGCCAGUAAUAAAAAAAAAAACACCCACUUUGACUUUGUUCUGAUUUAAAAUUCAAAUUAACUACACUUAAAAAGAUCCAAAUCCAAAUUUAAAAGGAAAUAAACUAAGCUUCUCACUGCUAUAAGUCAUGAAUGGUAAAACGUGAGAAAUUUAAAAUGCUUUUGACAACAUAUUAAAAUACUAGAUGAUCAUUUGUGGUUUCUCCACAUGAAAAGUUAAAUACACUAGUACAUGGGCUCAUUAAGCCUUAUUGUGAAAACUCAAAUUGAUUAAUAAAAGUUUAACUGCUGGACACAAUAUGUCUCCUACUUCACUGAAAAGUCAGAUUUCAGUGUCUGAUAUAUAUGAAUAUAAGAGGAAAACAACUCAAAGUCAAACAUACAGGAGAGGUAACAUUUAGCAAUGCGAGUUUUGAGUUGAGGCUAAAGACGAGGUUUACCCAUCUCUUUCUGCACCAUUCUGUCCUGCACGUGGAGGUAAUAUUGUACAAUCCACUUUUAAAAAGAAAGCAUAUGUAUUUACAUGUAUCACUUCAGUCAUAAAUUGGGGGGAAAGAAAAAUCCUAA